UCGCUCCCACCAAGCGCUGAGGGAGCGAAGCCGUUGCCCCCACCCCUCGCCCCCUCCCUUUCUCCAAGCGCGCGCACAAGCAUUCCAAGGACGCGCGUGCGCCUGCGUCAGCGGACAGGCCCCAAAGCCCUUCCAUCCCUCCUCUCCCAACCCCACUCCCUUCUCCGCUGAGUUCGAGUCGCGAGGAUGCGCAACGACAAACCCCUCCGGUCGCCAGAGGGGCGGGGCCUCUGGCGUUCCUAAGAAGAAACCGUUCCUCCUGUCCUGACUGAAUUUCUCAAAGAAGAUGAAUUUGGCUGAGAUUUGUGAUAAUGCUAAAAAAGGAAGAGAAUAUGCACUGCUUGGGAAUUAUGAUUCUUCAAUGGUUUACUAUCAGGGUGUUAUCCAGCAAAUUCAGCGACACUGUCUGUCAAUCAGAGACCCAGCACUGAGGGGCAAAUGGCAACAGGUUCGUCAAGAUUUACUGGAAGAAUAUGAGCAAGUAAAGAGCAUUGUCAACACUUUAGAGAGUUUUAAAAUAGACAGACCUACAGAUAUUCCUGUAUCUUACCAAGAUGAACAUUUCAGGGAUCCAGCUGUUUGGCCACCACCUGUUCCAGCUGAGCACAGAGCUCCACCCCAGAUAAAACGGCCCAAUCGAGAAGUGAAGCCCUUGAGGAGAGAAUCGCCAAGUAUGCAACGGGGUCCCGUGGGCAGAGCUCAACCAAUAUCAAAAAAUGAAAAACCUCCCAGCAGCCGAGAGAGGGACGCUAAAACAAAAGGAAAAGAUGAUAAGGGAAAGAAGACCCCUCAGGAUGGCGCUGGUGAUGGUGAAAUUCAGAAAUUUGAUGGAGCAGGAUAUGACAAGGAUCUGGUUGAGGCUCUUGAAAGAGACAUUGUGUCCAGAAAUCUAAGUAUUCACUGGGAUGAUAUAGCAGAUUUGGAAGAAGCCAAAAAACUAUUAAGAGAAGCAGUUGUUCUUCCAAUGUGGAUGCCGGAUUUUUUCAAAGGGAUCAGGCGACCUUGGAAGGGAGUGUUGAUGGUUGGCCCUCCAGGGACUGGUAAAACCAUGCUAGCAAAGGCUGUUGCUACGGAAUGUGGAACAACUUUCUUCAAUAUAUCUUCCUCAACUCUGACGUCAAAGUACCGAGGAGAGUCUGAAAAAUUAGUCCGCUUGUUGUUUGAGAUGGCUAGAUUUUAUGCACCUGCAACCAUUUUUAUUGAUGAAAUUGACUCUAUCUGUAGUCGCAGAGGCACUUCUGAUGAACAUGAGGCAAGCCGCAGAGUCAAAUCUGAGCUGCUUGUUCAGAUGGAUGGAGUAGGAGGCGCACUUGAGAAUGAUGACCCUUCAAGGAUGGUGAUGGUAUUGGCUGCUACAAAUUUUCCCUGGGACAUUGAUGAAGCUUUGAGAAGGAGACUAGAGAAAAGGAUUUAUAUACCGUUGCCAACAGCAAAAGGCAGAGCAGAGCUUCUGAAGAUAAAUCUUCGGGAAGUAGAACUGGAUCCAGACAUCAGCCUGGAAGAAAUUGCUGAGAAAAUUGAAGGCUACUCUGGUGCUGAUAUCACUAAUGUUUGCAGGGAUGCCUCUUUGAUGGCAAUGAGGCGGCGCAUUAAUGGCUUAUCACCAGAAGAGAUACGUGCACUAUCUAAAGAAGAGCUUCUGAUGCCUGUUACCAAGGGAGACUUUGAGCUGGCUCUGAAGAAAAUCUCCAAGUCUGUAUCAGCUGCUGACCUGGAGAAAUAUGAGAAGUGGAUGUCAGAAUUUGGAUCUGCUUAACUUCCAAGACAUCUUUUUAUGAGAUAUUUUAGCAUUUCAAUUACAAAACAUUGCAAAGACUUAGAAAACUUUUAAGGCUUGAGUUUUUCCUAUGGACAAGAUUCCCCCACCACACACUUUUUUUUGCACUUUAAAGGGAACAAAACAAAAUCUUAACACAGUGAGACCAUAGUAUUUUUCAGACAAAAGCUAAAACAGUAAACAUAGAACAUUUGGGUUGUCUGCAUUUGUGAAUGCCAGUAUCCCGAUUUUCAUAUGUGUGUUUUUUCAUGGCUUUUAUCUGUUGGUUAGUUAUGACAUUUUGUAGGAAAAGGUUAAUAAAAAAGAUUAUAGCCUCUAAGUGAUAGGCCAUAUUGUUGGCUUGUUAAAUAAGGUCCCAGCCUCCUUGAAUGUAGCACUGAAUCUUUUAGUCCUUGCUUCUGCCUUUCUUCCUCAUUUAGAUAGUUCAUCAGUAUGACCCAGCUGAAAAUACUGAAGUUCAUUUUGCACUCCAGUUAUAUUGGUGUGUCUACACUGAUAUUUGCUGGAUACUGCUAAUUAUGUACAGUGUGAAAGGGACACUCGUGUUUCUAAAUAUGCCAUGUAUACCUGUAGCCCAUCACAGAUUUUUUGGUAUUUUUUGUUUCCCAAAAUGAAUAUUUUUCCUCCUGCCCUUUAAUUUGUUACUGCAUCCGGCACCAGUGUAUGGGCAGCAUACCAGUUGCUGUAUCAAGUCUGAAGCAGACAGUAGAGGAGAUCCUUUUCCAUUACAUCCUUAAGGUUGGGAAUCUCAAGUUCAAUUUUUUGCUUUUGUUUCUAUUUUAUGCUAGUGUAAAUCCACUGUUCACUCUCAGCUACUGUAAGCUGGGUAUUUAUUGAAUAUUGUAAAGGCCAUGCGCACUACAGAUGUUACAGUGCUUUAAUUGUCCAACACAGCGCUAAAGCCAACUGAUACAUAACUUGCACUGUUUCAUCCAGCUGUCCAUGUUUUUAGACCACUGGAGUGAGGAACCCAUGACCCUCUGGUGUUUGGGAUUUCAGCUUCCAGAAGCCACACCCAUUAUGGCCAGUGGUAAGUGAUUAUGGGAAUUAUAAUCCAAACCUCUUGGUGCAUAGAAGGGUCUCACAUCUGUUUUGGAGUAACCUUUUUCUUUUUUCUAUUUUAUAAAAGCUAGUUGUACCUUUGUUGCAAUAUAGGUUAUUGAAGUUGAGACCAGAGAAAUGUAAACCUGGACUUAACAGAGCUGUCCGUCCUUGAAAUCUGGAAUACACUGUAUAUCCUUAUAUUUCUGGAGCUUUCUAGGCAUUCCACUUUUUUUUAGCAGUUCCUUCAAAUAUGAGAGACUGAAGCUAAUCUGUAGAACUUUCCACUAGCCAGGGUACACAAAAAUUUAGCAAAACUGUGACUUUCUUUAGGCCUGGUCAGACAUCAUGUAUUGUUCACUUCCCAAAGUGAUCCUUUGUGUGUACAGGUAUUAUGGGAUUAGUUAUACAAGGUAUUUGGUUAUUCAUUUUGGGAAAGGACAUAGGAUCAAAACCCCCUGCUGUUGGAGAUGGUUCUAGAAAAUUUACAUGGCAAUCUUUGCACUUGAACUAGUUAUAUACCUGAUGUUAUAUUAAUCAGACUGCAGCAUUUUUGACAGGGAAUUUAUUUAAAAUAAUCAAUACGCAUUCCCAAACCAUCUUUUCAUUUGUGGGGUAGUUGCUUAAAAUAAUUUGCUCUUCAGAAAAUCUGUCCUUUUGGACACUGUUCUGUAAGGAUUUUUCAGCUAUCAAGUGUGCUGAUCUCGCACUUCUUAUCUUCACAAACUAGAUGGAGAGUAUACUGAUCCAUUUAACUCAUCUUUGCCAUUCCUUGCUAUAACUCAUAGAGAUCAAGAAUAAGUAAAUGUAGCCAACAUAAUAUGUAUGGCCCUCAAAGCCUGCCACCAGAAAAAAAAUCUAGGAAAAAGCUUUAUUUGCACCCCCAAACUUCCAGGAGGUGCAGUUUUGUAAUAAAACAGAGUAACCCCCCCCCCCCCCAGAAGUAGAGGUGGAUGCCCAACCACUUUUGAAAUUUUCAAUACUUUUUCACAUUUUCAGAUUGGGGAUAGCCCCAGUAGAUUCUGGGUGUGUGAUAGAAAAUGAGGCCUCCCAACACUGCAAAGUUGCCCUCCCUGAUAUAAGUGAAAUCCUAGAACAAUCUGCUUAGUGAAAUAGUAAAAAAAAUCUGACUGAUUAAAAUGUCACAUUUGCUGGUGCUUCUUAAAGUUCUUUUCCCUCAAUGCUAAAUCUGUUACAUGGGGAAAGCUGCUUUCUAGGUGCAGCCUUCAUUUGAUUUCAACCAAGAUUGUCAAGCUACUGAGGCUCA